AUGGACUCGCUGGCAGCACCCCAGGACCGCCUGGUGGAGCCGCUGCUAUCGCCGCGGACCCAGGCUCAGAGGCGGCUCAAGGACAUCGACAAGCAGUACGUGGGCUUCGCCACGCUGCCUAACCAGGUGCACCGCAAGUCUGUGAAGAAGGGCUUCGACUUCACGCUCAUGGUGGCCGGGGAGUCAGGCCUGGGGAAGUCCACACUGGUCCACAGCCUCUUCCUGACCGACCUCUACAAGGAGCGGAAACUGCUGAGUGCUGAGGAACGCAUCAGCCAGACGGUUGAGAUCCUAAAGCACACGGUGGACAUUGAAGAGAAGGGAGUGAAGCUGAAGCUCACCAUCGUGGACACACCAGGCUUUGGGGAUGCCGUCAACAACUCUGAGUGCUGGAAGCCCAUCACCGACUAUGUGGACCAGCAGUUUGAGCAGUAUUUCCGGGACGAGAGUGGCCUCAACCGCAAGAACAUCCAGGACAACCGUGUGCACUGCUGCCUGUACUUCAUCUCCCCUUUUGGGCACGGGCUGCGGCCAGUGGACGUGGGCUUCAUGAAGGCCCUGCAUGAGAAGGUGAACAUCGUGCCCCUCAUCGCCAAGGCCGACUGUCUUGUCCCUGGGGAGAUCCGCAAGCUGAAAGAGCGGAUCCGGGAGGAGAUCGACAAGUUUGGGAUCCACGUGUACCAGUUUCCUGAGUGUGACUCGGAUGAGGAUGAGGACUUCAAGCAGCAGGACCGGGAACUGAAGGAGAGCGCACCCUUCGCUGUUAUCGGCAGCAACACGGUGGUGGAGGCCAAGGGGCAGCGGGUCCGGGGGCGUCUGUACCCGUGGGGGAUCGUGGAGGUGGAGAACCAGGCGCACUGCGACUUCGUGAAGCUUCGCAACAUGCUGAUCCGCACGCACAUGCACGACCUCAAGGACGUGACCUGCGACGUGCACUACGAGAACUACCGCGCACACUGCAUCCAGCAGAUGACCAGCAAGCUGACGCAGGACAGCCGCAUGGAGAGCCCAAUACCCAUCCUGCCGCUGCCCACGCCCGACGCUGAGACUGAAAAGCUCAUCAGGAUGAAAGAUGAGGAGCUAAGGCGGAUGCAAGAGAUGCUGCAGAAAAUGAAGCAGCAGAUGCAGGACCAGUGA